GAAGUGGGAGUUAAACUGCCUGGACAGAUGGUAGUCUAGAAUUAGAUGGCAGUGGUCAACUAAACCCAUUGAAAGGCCACAACUGAAAUAGCCAGACAUACUGCUGGAGAACCUAAAGCAAGUAGCCAGACAUACUGCUGGAGAACCUAAAGCAAGCUUUGAAAAUCCAGCUAGGGCCAUGUUAACAGAGUUUUCAAGAACAUGUAAUAAUGUUUAAGUUUUCAUGACCCCCGCAUUAUUUCAUAACAACAAGGAUACAGUGAAACGCACUGACCCUCUGCUGACUGAUCAAUAUCAAGUUAUUUAAAUAGAUUAACUUCUUGGAUAUACACACAUCACAAAGGCAUAACUCAGGAUUCCUAUUGUUCAUAGGUAAUUUGACAGAGGAAUGAACUCAACUCUGUCAUAUACUGUAGAUCUUUCUAGAUGUCCAGACCCAGCAGAGAAAAUUAGGAGCCGGUGGUUCAUUUAUGACAAGAGCUCAGCCACCUUAAAUCCCGCAUUAACAGAAUUAACCCCGUCCAUAGUAGGAGUGUGUUUCCCCCUGCCCUCCUUAUCUCUCACUGGCUUACUGUCGAGGCAGACGCUCAAUUCCCCAGCCGUCAUCUUCACACACAACACACAGGGUUUUUCUUUGGCCUCUAACAUCAACAGGAGAGGUCAAGUCAGUGAGCGACACCAUAUUCUCAUCAGAGGAGAAGUUCAGGUGGCACAAGGGAAGAAAAACUCAGGUGGCAAAUAUUUGCCAGUGAGUUUGUCAGAACUGACACAUCACUAAGACACUGAAAGCAGCCACCAUGGGAAAUACCACCAGUAGCGCAUUAUCAAAGGAGAUCCUGGAGGACCUGAAGCUCAGCACCAAAUUCACUGAAAAUGAGAUCUCCCAGUGGUACGAGAACUUUCAGAGGCAGUGCCCGACGGGACGCAUUACACCAGAAGAGUUUGAGCAGAUCUACACCCGCUUCUUUCCUGACAGCGAUGCCAAGAGCUACGCGCGGCAUGUGUUUCGCUCCUUCGACACCAACGACGAUGGCACGCUGGACUUCAAGGAGUACAUCAUCGCACUGCACAUGACCUCCACUGGGAAGACGACCCGAAAACUGGAGUGGGCCUUCUCGCUGUUCGAUGUAGACAAGAACGGAUACAUCAACAAGACAGAAGUGACGGAGAUCUGCCAGGCCAUAUUUAAGCUGAUCCCCAAGGAGGAGCAGAGCAGGCUACCAGAGGAUGAGAACACACCCGAGAAGAGAGCCAACAAGCUGUGGUCUUACUUCGAAAAGAAAGACAACGAGCGACUGGCUGAGGGAGAGUUCAUCAAAGGAGUGAUUGAAAAUGAGAAUGCAAUGCGUCUUAUCCACUAUGAGCCAAUCAAACAAUAAACUCCUUCCUAUUUCACCCCCCUCCUUUUUUCUCUCAUUAGACUCUUUACUAUCUUUUAAACUUGUAUUUUUUUCCCUCUUCUCCCCCCUCCUCUUUACUCCAUUCAGCUUGUCUGUGUAAAUACUCUUCUCUGCAGUGUCUUGGUUGCGGCUAACUUUUCAGUGAGUUUCGUUCAUCUCAUGUUACUGUUUUACAAAUGUUUGUCAAUGAAUUUAUAUCAAAUAGAGACUAAAAGAUGCCAAUUGUGGCAUAGUGCUCCAACACAUGGGUACAGAUUUUAUGUAAAGCUUGGUGUUAUACAUAAUACAUAUAUAAAUAUGAAGAAAGUAUUAACUAUUGUUAACCCUUAAAAUGGUUCAAAUUCAAUUUUGGCUCUAGAGAAAUAAAUGUUAUAAUGACAAUUUGAAUAUAGUAUGAUACCUGAUUGUUAGCUCAUCAAAC